AUGGAGAAUACAGCAUCACAUCCUUCAUGCAUCGGCCGGCCAGCAUCCAUGCCGGCCGGCGAGAGCAGCUGGGGGAUGCACUUUGCGUCGCCGGCGCACGGCAACCAGGACGACAUGGGUUGUCAGGGAGGAGCGAUAUCUGACAGUAGCUUUUCCUAUGACUACUCCUACCCCUUUGCCUCCCUGGGCGACGGCUCCCGCUCGGCCUCCUUCAUGACAUCCGACCUGGUGGACGAGGAGGAGGAGGAGGAGGCUGACGAUGAUUCUUUGCAGGACACUGCUUCUUCUUCCGCGGCCGGCAGUAAGGUUACCAACAUCAACGUUGUUUACAUGAAGUCAAUGAUAACCAUGGAUACAAAAGAGAUGAACACCCCACAACUUGCCAACUAUUUUCUUGGUACACGGUCAAGGCAGCAGGCCACUGGUGCAGUUCAAGAAUCGAUCAUUGGUGGAGAUAACAACGGGAAACAAUUGACUGAGUGUAAUGAUCUGAGGAAGAAAGGGCUUUGCUUGGUCCCUUUCUCCUUAUUGAUAGACUACCUAGGAUGA